AUGUCUGUUGAAGCACCAUUGUCUACGGCGCCGACCGAGGAGGUAUCGGGGUGGUGGCCUUCUGAAAGAAGCGCUAAAGCUCGAUUCAAGGCACUCCUUAGUCGCACGAAGCUGGAGAAGCUCACCAGACAAAACAAAGUCGAAUCUGCGGCGGUCCGCGCCAAUCUCUCCCAAUCUGCGUGUUCAGGACGUGUGGCUCCAGCUCCGGGCCUUGCGGAUGCGAAAGAGUCUAACAGCAACACAAAUCCUUCAGGUCCAACCCAAUGCGCGCCACAGCAACAAGCGAGGCCAGCCCGACGGCUGAAGGUUCAGAGAAGCCUGACAAGCAUCGAUCCACUAUAUCCGCGACCACUUAUCGCAGAAAGAUUCCCCGAUGAGCCUGGACCGGCGUCCCCCCUAGCUCCACAACCAGCGAUGUACAGGAAGACUUCUCGUAACGUGUCUCGCUCGACCACGGAUUCAUCAGUCCACACACUGAACAGCGUCGACCCUCCAACCGAGCCAUCAUUGUCAGACGGCCACUCCGUCUACACCACUCACACGAGCUUCUCCAGCUACGCCAGCUCUUCUUCAUACGCUGCUGCCGAGCCCUCUUUCGCGGUUGCCAAGAGUCAUGAAGCCCCAACGCCCGGCGACCGACGACCAGAAAUGUCCACCCCGACGCCAGACGAGUCGGGAGUCUUGUGCAUGUCCAUGCCAACCCCGAAGAAGAACACCAGGCCUUUUCCAAGUCUCAGUCUCACAACUACGCCCCGAUCUUCGCAGGAUGCAAACAGCCAUGACUUUUUCGUGCAGAAGCCCUUACCACCCCUGCCCGCGUCCCGGCGCCAGCUCGACGGCAACGAACAAAGACGGGUGUCCACCGUUGCGCCCUUGCCGGAACCAGGACACAUCAGGAAGACGUCGGCUCGCUAUCGCUGCGAACCUCCUGGCACCAGCACGAGCCGGUGCGCCACACCGACGUCGCCUUCCUCGGGGCCGCCCUCCGGCCUCAGAAGCCGAAGCUCUUCGCACACAGUGGAUUCUGCAGAGGGAGGUCGCAAGAGGGCCGCAUCGUACAGCCUCUUCCCGCGGACUCCCUCGGCAGGGCAACAGAAGCUGCCUAUCAACGGCAUGCCCUCGCCACCGGCCACCCAGUGCAGUCUGCAGUGCCCGGACAAGCCAACAGACGCGGAGACGGGAGACUUGGCACGUCCAUCACCGCCAUCGCGUCGCGACCAAAGGAGACACGGCAAGGUUCUGUGCUCAAGCACGAACCUUGUUGCAGAUCUGACUGGGGUUUCUCAACGUUCACAAACCUCUUCUUCUGGAGAGGAAGUCAACCCUCGACCUGCGGUAAGAGUAGCAAGGACGCCACGGCAAUCCAUACUCCAGCGGCAGAAGAGCAUGCCGUAUCUGAUCCGUCCCCGGACCCCGUCCUCAGGUCCUCCUCCUGACGAGCCUCUUCCGGCCUUGCCUCCAGAGGCCUCGAGUUGUCUAGCGCUGCCUCCAAGAUCCUACCACGAGAGAUGA